AUGAGCGGUGGAAGAGCAAAGAGCCCCAAGCUAGAGCUGAAGCUGAACUUGUCACCGCCAAGAGCCGAUGACGGCCAUUACCAUCUCCAAACAAAGGAAUCGCCAAACUCUUCGACAUCAUCACUUUCUUCAUGCGAAAGCUCAUGCUUCUCCUCCUCGUCAACCGGGCUCGAAGAGAACAACAGCAGCGCCAUAAGGUACCGGGGCAACGAUCCUCGGCCUCAAGCCGCCACUUCGAUGGUGGUCGUGGGCUGCCCUCGGUGCCUCAUGUACGUGAUGCUGUCCGAGGUCGACCCCAAGUGCCCGAGGUGCAAGAGCUCCGUCCUGCUCGACUUCGUCAACGGAGACAACCGCUCUACCAAGAAGAAGAACAGGAUCUGA